AUGAGGCCCAUCCUGCUGUCGGGCCACGAACGUGCCCUGACCCAAGUCAGAUACAACCCGGACGGCGACCUCAUCUUCUCUGUCUCCAAGGACCAACAGAUCUGCGUUUGGUUUGCGCACAAUGGCGAGCGUCUUGGAACCUACCGCGGCCACCAGGGUGCCAUUUGGACUAUCGACGUCGACCCAACUUCGACCAUCCUCGCCUCUGGCUCCGCCGACAACACCAUCCGCCUCUGGGACAUCAAGACCGGCAAGUGCCUCAAGACCUGGGACUUCCCGACCGCCGUGAAGCGCGUCGAGUUCAACGAGGACGGCACUCAGCUGCUGGGCGUGACCGAGAAGCGCAUGGGCCACAUGGGAACAAUUGUCGUGCUGGACGUCAAGAUCGAUGUGGAGGCCGAGCAGACUGACGAGAAGGCCCUGACCAUUGUCUGCGAGGAGAGCAAGGCCACUGUCGCCGGCUGGAGCUACCUCAGCAAGUACAUCAUCGCCGGCCACGAGGACGGCUCCAUCUCCCAGUUUGACGGCAAGUCGGGCGACCUGCUUUACAACUUCCCCAUCCACGAGCUCAACCAGCAAAUCACCGACCUCCAGUGGUCCCAGGACCGCACAUACUUCAUCACCUCCUCAAAAGACAAGACCGCCAAGCUUAUCUCCGCCAAGGAACUCGAAGUUUUCAAGAGCUACGCCACCGACACCCCGCUCAACAGCGCCGCCAUCGCCCCCAAUAAGGACUUUGUCAUCCUCGGUGGUGGCCAGGCCGCUAUGGAUGUCACGACGACUAGUGCUCGUCAGGGCAAGUUCGAGGCCCGCUUCUACCACAAGAUCUUCGAGGACGAGAUCGGCCGCGUGCGUGGUCACUUCGGUCCGCUCAACACCGUUGCUGCCGACCCCACCGGCAAGGGCUAUGCCAGCGGUGGUGAGGAUGGUUACGUCCGCGUGCACGCUUUCGACAAAGGUUACUAUGAUUUCAUGUACGAGGUUGAGCGCGAGAGGGCGAACAAGUUGGCUGCGGCGGCUGCGACGGCGAUGGCGUGA